AUCCACCACUGAGAAGCGUCUGCGCAUUGCAGUUAUUGGUAGUGUUACUGCCACACUACUACUACAAUAAAAACUCAAAGUCGGCAACACCCACAAGCAUAUUACAAAAGUUAACUGAACUCAUACCAAAAACGUUAAGUGAGAGUAGUUAAGAGAGCGCCGAACUAUUGUUGCCAAUGCGCAUUACAGAUACGAACAACAUACACAUAUUUACAUAUCUACGUAUUUAAGUAUUUGACAACAUACAGAAGUAAAACAAAUAAGGAUACCGACAGUUUUGGUAACGCAAGUUUUGAACAUUUCACACGAAAUAAUCAACAAAUUCGAAGCCAAAUACAAAAUUGGCCAAUUUUUAUCUGUAGGAGAUCUUUCAACACAAAGCUUGAGUCAGAAAAAAGUCAAAAUAGCCGCAAUUGAGAGUGAACAAACAGCAAAUGGCGGUGAGAUGGCUUUCUCCCGCCACAACAUCGAAAAAAGGCGCCUCAUCGAAUUGGUGCGGCUGAAUUCGAUACUCUGGGAUUGUCGUUUGCCCCAUUACAAGCGUUCUGACAAGAAGAAGGCCCUUAAAUGGAACGAGUUAGGACGCGUUUUCGGCGUGAGUGGUGAGCGAGUGCAACGUACUUUCACAUCCUUGCGUGAAAUAUUUCGGCGUGAGUUGAAUCAUGAAAAAAUGCUGGGUGUGCGCUUCAAGUCCAAGUGGGAAUACUACGAUGCAAUGGCUUUUCUAAAGGAAGUUAUUAGAGAGCGAAAGUCUCGCGAGCGGAAUAAAACAUCCGCCGAUGCUAAUUUACCACAGCAACAACAACAACACAGCAAUAACAAUAGCAGCGCUAUCGAUGAAUAUCAAUAUUUCGCACCCAAUGAUCCCAACAAUCCAAAUAAUCAACCGCAAAUACAGAUAUCCGAACAACAGCAAGUGCAGCCUGCCUAUCCGCCAUUGCAACAGCAGCAGCAGCAACAACAAGUGGGCACCUUGCCUUUGCCAUCACAGCAGCAUCUUCCACAGUUACCACCGUCCAAUGUACCACAACCGACACAUGCACAACAAAAUUCAACUGCAACAGGUCCGCUUGACACACAACAGCAACAGCAUCUGCCGCAGUCAAUGCUAAGUAUGCAACCGGAUGUGGUCCUAGGCUUAAACGGUAAUGCGACCGCAACCCUUCACAAUCUUGGCAAUGGUAACGGUACAUUAGCUGGCAAUUCCAGACCACCUUCACAACAACAACAACAACAAUUACCGCCGCAACAGCCUCAGCGGCAUCAAUUUCCUCCACCUGGCAACCAAGCUCUAGUGGCCAUUUCCAGUUCGCGAUCUUCAUCUAGCUCACCGUCAAUUUACAUAAAAGAGGAGCCCGAUUCGCCGGACACACUCUCUCUUACCACCAUAACAAUCAACGAGCACGAUUCGUCGUACUUGGCCCGACAUGCCGAGACAAAAAACAAAAAUGCUCAAAGUGUCAACUCACAUGUCAAAGGUAGUAUGCCAAUCGGUAAUAGUAAAAACAAUGGUGCAAUACGUAAAUCGAAAUCGCACAUAGACCCCUCGUCAGCGAGUUUGAUCAUUGACGAGGACUUUGCUGGGCACGACGCCGAUUUGGAUGAUCUCGAUGAUCCUGAUGUGGAUAUGCUGGACGAUGGACGUCUUUCGCCAGCGAGCACCUACACCCUAGGCAUGGCGUCGAAGCCAAAUCGUCUUACGGCACGUGAAAUACUCUAUACCAAAUUUGGGGACUUCUUGGCCGCACGCCUGAAUACGCUUAAUGAGACUGUGGCUAACGAUUUAAUGAAUCGCAUACUACUCCUGAUCGCUGAAAAGUAAUGGAAUAGCUGUCACAGCGUUAUUCUACUCAGCAGAUUUCUAUAUUCUCGUUUUGUGUGUUAAUGACAGGCAUAUCUAGAUACUAAAUUACACAUUUUAGGGUCCAACAUAUCUCUUUAAAAUAAUUUUAGGAAGCCGGAUAACUCUGUGGAAUAGUCAUUUUAGGGCUUCAACAGAAUAUUGCCCAAUUGGUAGCAUUAUACUACUAUAUAUAUAUAUAUACAUUAUAUUGCAUGUGUGUGAGGGAAAUUUAUCCUGCAUGAGUCUGAAAUAAAACUAAAAGUCAUAUCAA